AUGAGCAGUGCCUUGCCACACAUUAACAGCAAACUCUCACCACAAGCCGUCUCGCGAAGCACACGGUUAUUAGAUGCCCAGACCCGCACCUUUACCACUUCUCCCAAACGACUCCAUGGCCACGUAACGCCUCCAAAGGCCGGCGAAGAGCUGUAUAUUACAUUCAUCGACAAGGAGAACCGCGAACACAAGAUUGCAGUGAGCAAAGGUGACAACCUCUUGGAUAUAGCUCAAGCACACGACUUGGAGAUGGAGGGAGCGUGUGGAGGAUCCUGUGCUUGCAGUACGUGCCACGUUAUCGUGCUGGAUCAAGAUCUCUACGACAAGAUGCCCGAGCCCGAAGAUGACGAAAAUGACAUGCUGGAUCUUGCUUUUGGCUUGACAGAGACAAGCCGGCUUGGGUGCCAGGUCACUAUGACCAAGGAGCUGGAUGGCUUGAAGGUGAAGCUACCGAGUAUGACGCGGAAUCUCCAGGCUAGCGACUUCAACUCGUAG